AUGCUUUAGGAAGGAAUAAGAAACUUCAAGGAACUUCGAGCCAAAUUUCAAAACACUCCAGAUGCUCCCCUUCUUCCAGGACCUAUUAAGUUCCCAUCCAGUGUUUCUCAAAAAGGUUACAUUACAAGAGCACAGUCAACCCAGAUUUUGUCCAACGGAAAGCUCCUCUCAUCCAACCAGAAUCAACCCUCACAAUAUUGUUUCAGUGAGGAUCCCCAGCCUCUUACACGUCAGAAAAUGAAGCAGGCCCAGAACAGCAAAUUUCAGAAAUGUUCUAAUUCUCCAGCACCUCUUGAAGGGUCUUCUGGGUCUACCAUCAAUUUACAGAAGGCCUCUCUGCUGUCAGAAAUGGAUCCGUCAAAUGAUGAGCUAACUGAUAAGGAAAAAGUCGUAGUGACCUAUAGCUUCAGAGACAAGCUUUGGAACUGGGAGAAGUUUUCAUCUCAGAAAAGUGAUAUGUCAUCAACCAUCUUUCUUACUAAUUGUGGAGGUAGGGCCUUCCAUCUGGAAAAGCCAAAAACCAUGGGGCAUUCUCCAGAGAAGCCAAGGAAAGAGCUGGAGAGAAAUGAACACCAGACUCUCCUUCCCCAGAGGCAUUUGAGGGCCCAAAGAAAGUCACUUGGCUCCUAUAAAGAUUCCUCCUUUCUACUUUCACAACCUGACAGGAAAAGCCUAGAAAACCCCAGUCCUGAGAGAAGACCAGCAAUGAGUGCCUCUCCACCAAUCUAUGAGUGUGAGCUUGCCAGCGAGGUUGCAGAAAAACAACAGAGUAACAGGAAUCACCAGCUUCCCCAAACAAAGCCACUGCCUUCUGUUGUGUCCCUGGGUCCUCCGCCCCCUAAACCCCCAAAGCCCCCGGCUGUGAACCUCCAGGCCUUCCAGAGGCAGGCUACUGCUCUUUCCAAGAUGCAAAGGGAAGCUGCUGUGGAAGACAGCUACCUGCCUCCAGAGAGUGCUGAAUUUGAAGAACUACAUAAUUAUGAGGCAACAAUUUCAUAUCUGAGACACUCUGGCAACUCCAUUAACCUCUGCACCACAAAAGAAAUUGCUGAUUCAACUUAUGAAGUUGGCAUUGAAGAACUUCAAAAGCCUUGCAAGAGUUUUCUCCAUCAAGAACUCAGCCCUAAACAUGAAGGUCAAAAUAAAAAGAUGAAAGAGAAUGACCCAUGUAAAUUGGAACCGCAGAAAAGAGAAAAGAACUCACAUGGAAACCAUCUUUUCAAGAUGGUAGCCAAUGAAAAGACACGUGGAAAACUCCAGAUGACAGAAGUCCCCAGAGGGAGGAAGAGCAUGCUGGCCAGGAAGCAGAACUCUGUGAUGAGCAUCGCCCACACAAAGGCCUGCCCUGAGGAUCUGAAGCUGGCCAGACACUCACAAGGCCAUGGUGGGUAUGUAGAGGCUUUGCAGGUGACUAGAGAAACCCCUGAUGAAAGUCCCAGCACACAGAUGUAUGAUGACGUCGAGUGCCCUGAAAGAGAGAGAACAAAGUCAUUCUCUUCUAACUCAUUUGCUUCAGAUAGUGAAAAUAGUGAUGACAUAUAUGAAGAUGUCUAUAAAACAAAGAGCAGCUUUCCAAAGACAGAUUUAGAUGGAAGUGAGACACUUAAAAGACUACGGCAAUUCUUCAAGAAAGAAAAGGAUAAAUUUAAAAUGAAGAAAGUCAAGUCUAAAGAAAAUAUAAGUGAACUUCCCAUCUCGGUGCCAGAUUUAGAAUUUAGGUCUCAGGAAGGUGUCAUCUAUGAUGACGUGGACAGUCCUGAAAGAAAGUCAAACUUAUCUCCUAGAAAUUUCUUCAGAAUGAGGAAGCAAAAUUUAGACAAGAAAAUGGAUAAAGAAGAAAAACUUUUUAGAGAAAGAUUUGAGUAUGACAAAGAGAUUAUUGUCAUCAACACAGCAGUGGCAUGUUCUAGAAAUUCAAGAAAGGGAAUCUGUGAUUUGCCAAUAACCCCUGGAGAAGAACUGGAAGUCAUUGAUAUUACUGAACAGAAUCUAGUGAUAUGUCGCAAUUCUGAAGGCAAAUAUGGAUAUGUGCUCAUUGAACAUCUAGAUUUCAAGUAA